CUGGCAAGAAGGGCACCAAAGGUCCGAAGGGCUCUGGCGGCAAGCACCACGACGAAAGCACCGAGGAGACCACGACCCCGAAAGGAGCUGGCAAGAAGGGUUCUGGCAGCAAGGGCAGCCACGAAAGCACCGAGGAGACCACCACCCCAAAAGGAGCUGGCAAGAAGGGCACCAAGGGCAACCACGAAAGCACCGAGGAGACCACCGCCAAAGGAGCUGGCAAGAAGGGCUCUGGCAGCAAGGGCAGCCACGAAAGCACCGAGGAGACAACCCCAAAAGGAGCUGGCAAGAAGGGCUCUGGCAGCAAGGGCAACCAAGCAAGCACCGAGGAGACCACCACCCUGAAAGGAGCUGGCAAGAGCAAGGGCCCUGGCACCAAGGGCAACCACGAAGGGACCGAGGAGACCACGACCCCCAAAGGAGCUGGCAAGAAGGGCCCUGGCAGCAAGGGCAGCCACGAACGCACCGAGGAGACCACCACCCCAAAAGGAGCUGGCAAGAAGGGCCCUGGCAGCAACGGCAGCCACGAAAGCACCGAGGAGACCACCCCAAAAGGAGCUGGCAAAAAGGGCACCACUGGUCACAAGGGCUGGAACAGCACGGAGAGCCACGAAGGCACUGAGGAGACCACCCCAAAGAGGCCCAGGAACAACAACAGGUUGACCGAAGAGCUGUUGCACAAUGUUGAGCAAGAAGCCAAGGAACUGAAUGCAUCCAACAGCAUUGACAGCUCGACCUGGGAUGAUUGGCAAAGCUACCUCAAGUACUGGCAGCACAACAUUCACGACAUGACACACAAGCCAGACGACUACGUCCCAGCAGACUUCGAGGACCCACUCGUGAUCCUCCCCAACUACGUCCUCGCCAGCUUGAAGAACAUGGAAGCUAAACAACCACGCCUUCUUAAGCUACGCAUAGAGAAGAUCAGAGGGCUGGCAACGAUGUUCGAUUCGUUUCUUAGGUGGCAAGCACUGAAUCACCCGAACUUCAAGCACUCAUGGGGAGAGAAGCCGGCGAUGCAGCUCACGCAACAUUGCCACUUCCUCCAAGACGUGAUUUCAGGUCGGGAGGAGGCCGAUGAGGAUCAGGACGAUGAUGAUGAUGAAGGAGAGGAGGUGGAAGAGGAGCAGGGGGAAGAAGACGACUGGGGCGUCGAUCAGGAGGAGCAGCAUGAAGAUCAAGAUGCGGAAUGGUAUGACGAGGAGGAAGAUGCGGAUCAUGAUGAUGAGGGCGAAUGGGGUGAUGACAAUGGCGAAAAUGAGCAAGAAGAUCCCGACUACACGGCCCUCAAGAGUGUGGAUGUCAAUGAUGCUGCGUGGUACGCUGACCAUUGCAAGCAGUGGAAUUACAAGAAAGCCGACAGCUGGUCAGGCAAGCCGUGCAAGCCUGCGUGCGUGCACCGGCCCCCGAAAUCGAUCCUGAAGCGGCAGCUGUCCAGCGUCACGGUGAACUCCGAGUAUAGCGAGCCAUCGACGAUGUCCCCGCUCGGCCUGCGUGAGCAAGGGCAGAGUAAGGUGAGCAGGGCGCGGUCCCUGGACAUGACGCACCCGAACCAGAUGUCAGCAGAGGAACGGAAGCGGCAGAGAUCGGCGAUGAUGAGGCGCUUCAACAAUCCAGAAGGAUUGCUCGAGAAGUGGGAGAACACCUCGACGACGUUGGGGAUAUCGGAAAAACGGAACGAGGGGCACUACGUGGAGCUCCCCCUCCACGAGCUGCGCCAAAAAUACUCGACGCCCGAAGGCGCUGCCUUCUUGGAGAACGAGAUCGUAGCGAAGCAGCCAGGGCGCCCGCAUCCGCAGGCACCGAAGAACGAAGAUUUCCGCCUCUACAAGGUGUACGAAUGCGAUCGGGAAAUCAGCGCAGGGAUCAAGCGCCUGUCGACGGCCGUGAAGGGCCAGAAAAAGAUCAAAAGUGCUGCCGCGGGGCAGAAGCUGGCGGAGACCCUCGCCGCGCAGACGGUCGAUCUGCAGAAAGCAGGAGAGCCGGGGUCGGCCAAGCCCCCAAAAAAGGAGAAGGAAUCAAAGGUGCUGACGCCCGAGGAGCAGGAGAAGAAGGACUUCGACAAAAACAUGCAGCAGACUCUUGGCAACAAUAUCGGGACCUGA